UCCGCACCGACAAUUUCAUUGGUCGAGGCAUCGCGGACAGCUGGCCCCCAUUGGUCGCGCACCUGUCAAUCUUAAAGCAAUGCCACUCAGGAUAGAUUAGGCACCAUUUGCCAUAACUAAAUAGUUACAUUGUACAUCAAGUAGGAAGAAUUGUUUUAAUUGGUAGUCCACCGCGCUCGGCGGAGAGUUCAUCUUCGUCCAAACCGCCUGAACGCCUUGAAUGCAACGAAGUGUAACGCUUGAAUCUCCCGUCUCAUCCAACAGAUGUGGACACUGCCCGGGAGCUGCCCAGCUGAGGUGAAGGGGAGGGCAGAAGAUCCUAGUUCAGCUUGAGUGUGGAUGACCUGCCCCCAGAAACAGGACCAUGAUCUGAAAAGCGUGCUGUACACAGAGCCCCAUUCUUCCUUUCUUCCUUCUCCCUCUUUUUUUGUUUUUGUUAUUUUCAAUCUUGCUGGUGGAAGCCUCCCUGCCUGGGUGCUUCAAACAGGGUCAGUGUGUACACCGAGGGCAAACUGAAAGCGAAUAGAGAUUCAAAGAGGAGGAAAAGUAACAGCAGCCAUCCGUGACCUCACAUCUUGUCACUUUCCCCUAAUCCUCCCACUGCAACACCAGAACCAUGGGGAGGAAAAAGAUCCAGAUUCAGAGGAUCACUGACGAACGCAACAAACAGGUGACGUUCACCAAGAGGAAGUUUGGUUUGAUGAAGAAGGCCUACGAGCUGAGCGUCCUGUGCGACUGCGAGAUUGCUCUCAUCAUCUUUAACCACUCCAACAAGCUGUUCCAGUAUGCCAGCACUGACAUGGACAAGGUCUUGCUGAAGUACACCGAGUACAACGAGCCACACGAGAGCCGGACUAACGCUGACAUUAUCGAGACGUUGCGAAAGAAAGGCUUUAACGGUUGCAACAGCCCCGAGCCCGACGGCGACGACUCCAUCGACCAAAGCCCGCUAAAUGACCGCAAGACCGAGGACCUGGACAGCCUCUUCAAGCGCUACGGCUCUACGGUUCCACAGCCCACCUUCUCCAUGCCAGUCACCGUGCCAGUAUCCAACCAGAACGCAGCAGCAGCGGCGGCCCUUCAGUUCAGUAACAACCCUUCCGGCGCCCUGGUCACCACCACCUCCUUUGUCACCUCCACCCUCACAGAUCCCCGGCUCCUUUCCCCACAGCAACCCGCUCUGCAGAGAAACACCGUGUCACCAGGGUUACCACAGCGACCAGCCAGUGCAGGUGCUCUGUUAGGGGGAGACUUGGGGAACUCUAAUGGAGCAUGCCCGAGUCCAGUUCCUAAUGGCUACAUCAGUGCCAGGGCCUCCCCAGGCCUCCUCUCUGUAUCCAAUGGCAACAGCCUGGGGAAAGUAGUCCCGGCUAAGUCUCCACCUCCACCCAGCCCUCAGAUGGUCAACAGCCGUAAGCCGGACCUGAGGGUCAUCACCUCACAGAGUGGCAAGAGCCUCAUGCAGCUGACUGAGGAAGAGCUGGAGUUGGUGAGUGAGAAUGCUCAACGGCUAGGCGGCUCCCAGGUGGCACAGCCACUCACCACACCAGUGGUCUCCGUGGCAACACCCAGUCUCCUAGCGCCCUUCUCCGGCAUGCAGACGGCCUACAACACUGAGUACCAGCUGACGAGCGCAGAUCUCACAGCGCUCCAGACGUUCACGCCACCGGGGCUGGUGCCUGGCAACAUGGCUGCUUGGCAACAGCAACAGCAACCAACAGUCUCUCAGCAGCAACAACAGCAACAGCAGCAACAGCAACAGCAACUAAGCUUGGCAUCACUCAGCAACUUGGUCAUGUGGGGUGCAGAGAAACAGAAUGCGGAGAUGGUUAACUGCAUCUCCAAUUUUGCUGCUAACCUGAGGCAAGUGGGAGUACAGGGUGCCGCGCUGACAGUCAACACAAACCCCAACGUCAACAUCAAGUCCGAACCAGUCUCACCAAAUCGUGACCGCAGCACUCCCAGCUCCACCAGUGGGGUGGCUGGAGGUGGAGUGGGCCAGAGUCAACUCCAGGGACAAGGUCUGGUGUCCAUCGCCUACCCUGGUACUCUGCGUCUUGAAGCGGGAGGCCAAGGCCGCUCACCUGUUGACAGUCUCAGCAGCAACGGCAGCUCAUAUGAAGGCAGCGACCGAGACGAUGGCACCCAGGGUCGAGGCGGGGGUCUGGACUUUCACCACCAGGUCGGCGCCGGAGCCCAGCAGCCCACCAUGGUCCUUCUGCGGCCCUCAUCAGCAGAGCCUCAAGAACAGGAUGGGACCAACGUCAAGAGAAUGAGACUGGACACCUGGGUCACAUAAACGGAUCGAUGGACAGAUGGAGGAUGGAGAUGUGUACUUGUGGAUUGUGUACAUGCCCCACCAGCUCCAGCAGCCCCAAUAUCCACAUUGCAUACGCACAGACAAAAUCCACCCACCACCAACCCAGUAACCUGCUGUCUACACAGUAAACCUCACAUGGAUACAUACACAACACAAGCAUGCUAGCAUACUCGCACACGUGGACACUCACUCGUAUGGCAAUGUGCAUUCACGUUUGAACUGUAAUGUGUUCUCACUGACAUACACCAAACCCAACAAGACCAGGAAUUAUUUAUCAAAAAAAAGACCAUGCUGGACAUCAUUCAGCUGGAUUCGGAUAGAAGUGAAUGAGUUUGUAAUCUGGCUACAGUGGUUAGGAACUGUGGCCUGAUUAAAUUUGGUCACAUGGACUUCUUGACAGUUUCUGGAAAAGCAGACAAGCCAGACUUGGUUUCCCAGCAUGCCCCUGCCAUGAUUCACGGCCGGUGGCAAUCUCUCACCUUCAUAUCUUUACUGUCUGUUUAUCCACAGUAGGUUUUGAUCAAAUAUGACAGCGCUGUAUUAAAACGGUGCCACAAAACGAGUCCACAUCGAUGUACACAUCCGCCCAUCCACAGUUGUAUUGCUAUCACUCUAGAUUUUUGUUUGUUUUCUAAGAGGAGCAGCUGUGCUCUUUUUUUUUUUUUUCUUCUUUUUUUUAAGCGUGGAGUUUUGUCCCUCAGUCUUGACUGUUGACAUUUAGAGUUUGGAUUCAUUUUGAAUAUGAAGACACUAAAAGAAUAACUUGCCUCCCUUCUCAGUCAAGUCGGCGGCUCCGUCAACAUGGCCGGCAUUUGGUCCUCUACAAGAAUGGCGACCACCAGGGGUCUUUAUUUAAUCAGAACCACGCAGACCAGCUGUAAAACGAGGAACGUGAUUUGUUGCCGAGGUAAAAGACUGCUUUUCUUUGAAUCAGGGACGAGCUGCCACAGCUCAACGACACAUGACGCAGAUUCUCCUCGUUUCGCCCACAUCGUGUCAACUACAGAUGCUGAGAAAGGUGUGUGUUUGGUUUGUGUGUGUGCGUGUGUGUGUAUACGGGUUUGUUACCUCAACUGGUUGUGUUUUCUUUUUUUCUUUUUCUUUUUUUUUUUUAAACCAAGUAAAUUUGGAUAAAUCUUCACUUUCAAUUUCAUCCUUGAACACACACCUGCAACGUACACAGGUGAAAUUAUUUUUGUGAGCAAUUCAUGUUUUGAAUAGAUAGCUGAUGUUCAAAGAGGAGAAUCGUGAGGUACCAUGUAUAUAAGCAAUCUGUAACCUUUGUGGCUUUUGUGUGACAGGGAUAAGGUUUUUUCUUUUUCUUUUGAAGGUUAAAAAAUAAAUCAUAUUCAAGUAUAUAUUUAAACAGCUUCAGGCGGUAGCAAGGGCAGCUCUGCAUCUGGGGCAAGAGACUACACCAGACGACAGGGAUUGUAUAUAUAAACUAUAUAUUCGGCAGGAUAUCCCUUAAGGAAGUGGAAAAAAAAAAACAAAAACAAACAAACAUUGAUUCUCAGUGGAUCUGUCUCUUUUAUAUUAUUAUUAUUUAUGUGUGUAUAUAAAGUGUAAUAUGUGGACGAGCCCAGAGAGGGUGUUGUAGAGGCAGGAAGGGAAGACGUAGCCGUGGUGACUCGGACUGUUUAGAGUGAGCAAUGAUUAGGACUCUGUCGCUGAUGGAGGGCACUUUACCUUAACUCCCACCUCUGACACGCACGCACAGCACGCACACACUAGAGUUAGACUGAUGUUUUUGGCUGGAUAACAACCUAAAAAUGGCAGGUACAUGUAACAUAUUGCAAUUUUUAUUUAUUUCUCAAAAUUCUCUUUUGAUGUAGUUUAAUUUAAGUAAUUUACAAGCUAUAGUAAGGGUCUCAGUCUGGUUGCCUAAUUGGAGUAAUUUAGUUAAUUAAAUUAAUAAUUCAUUAAUUGCAAUAUUAAAUAUAUUAAGUUAAUAAAUUGGUAAAUAAAUUGAAGCAGUUUUUUAAAUGAGACUUGUUAUUCCCAUUUCCAGCUCCAGAUUUUCAAACUUAAACUUUAUCAGGGUAGCUUUGCAUGACUCACAGUUCAAAUAAAUCCUUGUAUAUCUUUUUUGCAGGCCCUCAGUUUAUCAACUCUGUGAAAGCAGCCUUCCCUCUCCCUUUAAGCCAACUACUUUUUAUUUUCUAAUUGCCUGCCCCUCACAAGAAAAAGACUUGGAAUAGCAGGUAGGUGGCCAUGACCAGUGCUGUGUGUCUCAAAUGACUGCAACUGCAACUGGCUUUGUAAAGAACCAAGAGUAGAAAACAAAAAUUGAAUAUUUAGGGCUGAAAGGAUUGGACAUGUUUAAUAUGAGCUGCAUUCGCUGGAUAGAAAGCAAGGAAAAGGAUAAUAAGUCCAAUUUAAGGAGUUGUUUACAAUUUUUUUUUUUUUUAGAAGAGAUAAGUUGUAUAAAAAUUGGAACAUAACUUUCACUUAUAGCUGUGUAGCACUGUCUACUUCAAAUUCAGUUACUAUUUGUCAAUCUUUCAAAGUCAUUGCUGAUGUAGUUUCAUCUUUCAAAUGAAUCUUUUAUGGAAGCAUUUAUUUGAAAACUGCUAAAAACUAAAGAUUAGUAAAAAACUGCAAUUCCCAUUGUAUCAUUUAGCUAAAUUAAACUUUUACUGGAAUUUUUCCUCGUGCAGCGACUGCCAAAUAUUGGGUAUUUUGUGCAACUUGAUUGCAGAAAUGCAAAAGAGUAUUAUCCACUACCACCAUAUCAGUCAAACUCUAGAAUACAUACAUAUAGAUAGUUUAUGAUUAAGCAAGCCAAGGAUUUCCCUGAUCCCUCUUUUUUUCUUCUCCUUUUAGAGAUUUACCUUUUCCUCCAAUUAAAAGCCAUGUUUCUAUAUUUAAAAGGAUCUCUCCUUCGCCUGUCACUGGUUGGCUGCAGUUUUAUAUUCUGGAGAGUUUAAGAAUACUAUGAAGGAAAACAGAAGUGAAGGAUGUAAUUUUCUACUCUAUAAAGGUGGCAACGGUUGAUUUAGGGUUUUUUUCUUUUAAACGUGGUGGUCAAAAGUGCAAAUUCAUGUAUUUAUUUUUCCUAAAAGCACUCUCAGCCUCCGUCCAUUUGCUUGUUAAAAGCACUGGCGUUUGGGUGUCGUUCGUCGCUAAGCCGGAGGUUUCAGAAUGACUCUUGAUCUUUUAAUGACUACCUCCCAAAUCCAACGCAGACUUGUCGACUUUAGGUUUUACCGCAUCCAGCCACCACAUCCUUCUCAUGGGCAGGCCCUCGUCACCUCUCUCUCACCCCUAUCACUCACUCGGUUUGUUUGUUUUUUUUUCCCUCCUCUCUGGAAGCUUAAUCUCACACACAGACAAACAAACACACGCACACAUUUCAUUACACACUCCUCUUCUGUUCACUCCGUCCAUAUAACGGGUGUCAGCGCUGAAAUGACGAGUCAAAUUAUUUUGGGGUCAUUUCCAUGAGAAACACAACCACCGCCACCACCCCCUCUCUCCCGACUCUAUUCGGCUUGCAGCUUCAUCUCACACACUACUGCCAUCAUCCGCCCUUCAGUUCAUCAGUGAUUUCUCAUUUCCUUUUUCUCCGUCUGUCACUCACUCUCUCUCUCACACACACACACACACACACACACACACACACACACACACACACACACACACACACAUUCAUCCUCUGUGACAAGUCUGAGUGUCAAUAUUGCUUUUCUGAGUGCUUGGCAGAGUUAACAUAAAUCCCCAGAGUGUAAACACUUUGACUGUUAAGACUGUUGUGCCCUGAGCUUCGAACAAAAAAAUAAAAAGAAACAAAAAAAGUCUGCAAGUUUAUAUGUUUCGUCCAAGAAAUGAGAUUGUUUGUGAGCAGGCAGGUGAGAGCCCUCGUGAAGCCCUGACAUGUUCUUUAGAACAACACUAGGGGUCGCUGUAAUCACACAACAGACAAUCGUGCUGAGAAGCCGUUAACUUGCAUCCCCCCCUGAAAAGAGAUACAUGCUCCUGUACAAUGAUGUUUAGAAGUCUCACUCACUUUCCAGUGUUAAUUUGUGCUGGUGACAGUCUGUUUUUAAUUGUUCUCUGACAAUUGAUAUUAUUGUUAUUAUUAUAAUUAUCAUCAUUAGCACAGCCACACUGAUAGUAGCUGUCAUGAUGAUAUAGAUUUCUGCAUUUUCGUUCUUUUUUUGUUGUUUUUGUUUUUUGUUUUUUUGUGUAGGAUAGGUCUCUUGUUUUCUUUGGAAUUUUAUUUUAUUAUAUAAGAAUAUUCUAUAAAUAUAUUUUUGUUUUCAUUUUUUGGGAUUUUUCUUUCUUCUUCAACAAGGGUGUUACUAAUGUUGCACGAUUUUUAUGACAUGUAACAAGCAACACACGAGUAGUGAUAUUAGUUUCCACGUGUGGCUGUGGAUGGAGGCGCUGAUUAAGUCGACAAAUCGCUUCAAUGCUGCAAAACUUUGAGUCCAAUGUACAAACCUCUGAGUCUAAAGGGGGUGGGGCAGCGUGACACGUCUAACUUAUUUCUGACCAGACACAAUUAUGUCAAUGCAUGGGCGUUUCAAAACAACAGAAGUGUGAAUCAUGUUAUAGGAAAUAAAAUGUAAUAUUGACACAAAAACACAUCACACAGGAUUACAUUAAAAGAAAAAAAGUGAAAUCAAAGAAAAAAAAAGUUUAAAUAAAUUAUAGCUAAUAUAUUGUGUUCGGCUAGUCUGCUUUUUUGUUGUAAAGAAUUUUUUUUGUUGUUUUUGGAGAAUGAUAUACAAUUUGUGUAUAUUUUCAUAAAUAAAGUAUGCACUGAUAUGUUAUUACAAAUUCUAUACUGCUUUUACAAAAAAAAGUGUUUGUUAUUGUACCAAAGUAUCCAUUGGUCCCCUCUUACCCUCCCCUUUUUGCGUAUGUUUUACCGUAUUUUAUAUAUUAAAUAGACAAGUUGACCUACAGAAAAAA